AGACCUCCGCUCGGUGUCCCACCCCUCUCUGCCAAUCCCUUCACAGACCUCCGCUCGGUGUCCUCCACCCCUCUCUGCCAAUCCCUUCACAGACCUCCGCUCGGUGUCCUCCACCCCUCUCUGCCAAUCCCUUCACAGACCUCCGCUCGGUGUCCUCCACCCCUCUCUGCCAAUCCCUUCGCAGACCUCCCGCUCAGUAGUCUCCACCCCUCUCUGCCAAUCCCUUCACAGACCUCCGCUCAGUGUCCUCCACCCCUCUCUGCCAAUCCCUCCACUGGCCUCCGCUCAGUGUCUCCACCCCUCUCUGCCAAUCCCUCCCUCACAGACCUCCGCUCAGUGUCCUCCACCCCUCUCUGCCAAUCCCUUCACAGACCUCCGCUCAGUGUCCUCCACCCCUCUCUG